AUACAUGUUGAGGAAGAUAGUGGUGAUGUUUAGUAUGUGGCAUAUCGAAAGUUAUCGGUUAUCGCCGGUUAUCGCGCAAACUGGUGGGAGAAGGCAGCUGUAGUUUGGGCGGCUGAACUGGACACAAUGUCGGGGGUCCUGUACUGGGUGCGCCUCUUUGCCGGUGGCAUCUGCCUGCCCCUGGUGUUUCCCUACGUGGUGUACAAGCUGUACAGACUCAAGUGGGGCUCGCUCAAGACGGGCUGCCUCCAGGACAAGGUGGUCCUCAUCACCGGAGCCAGCUCGGGACUCGGAGAAGCGCUGGCACACAAGUUCUAUGCGGCAGGCUGCAAGGUCAUCCUGGCGUCUCGACGUGUUGGCGAGCUGGAGAGGGUCAGACAGGAACUGCUGCACUCUGCUCAGCCCUCGAGGCGGCAUGCCCCGGCCGUGGUCCAGCUCGACUUGGCCGACCUGACCAACAUCCCUGACAGGGCAGAGCAGGCGCUGCAGAUCCACGGAAGGGUAGACGUCCUGGUGAACAGCGGCGGCAUCAGCUACCGCGGCGAGGCCAGCGAGACCUCCAUCGAGGUGGACGUCAAGCUGAUGAUGGUCAACUACUUCGGACAUGUUGCCCUCACCAAAGCCGUCCUGCCCAGCAUGCUGGAGGCGAAGGAAGGCUGCAUCGUGGCCAUCAGCAGCGUCCAGGGAAAAGUCGGACUCCCCUUUCGAUCCGCAUACGCCGCGUCGAAGCACGCGACCCAAGCCUUCUUCGACACCCUGCUGUCGGAAGUGGCGCACAAGGACAUCCACGUGUGCGUCGUCUCGCCGGGCUACAUCCGCACCAACCUGUCGGUGAACGCCCUCACCGGCAGCGGCUCCACCUAUGGAGUGAUGGACGAGACAACGGCAACUGGCAUGGCUCCUGAAGAGGUAGCAGACGCAGUCCUGGAGGCGGUGGUCAACCGGAGGACGGACGUGGUGGUGUCGGCCAUGCUGCCUCGCGUCGUCAUGAUGGUCAGGGUGCUGUGGCCCUGGCUCUACUUUGCAGUCAUGAAGAGCCGGGCCAAGAGGCUCAGGCUCCAGCAGCAGCGGACAUCUGCCCAACACAGCAGCUGAAGGUUGCUCAGCCAUGCCGAGGGCAGCCGACACUGCUGAAGGCUGCCCAGGCAUGCUGGGGUGUCGGCGAAGGCUGCCGAGUGUCUCAAGGGUGACCUUCGCUGGCAUCGCUGAAGGCGACGACGUUGCAUUGCAAUGGCGUCCCCGUUUAAAACGAUCAAACCACGGUGCAGUGACUUUGUGUUGCUGAAGACUGCUGAGCACUAAGAACUGUCAGACCAGGCUGUAGAAUGUCUGCAUUGCUGAAGAUCGUAGAAUGCUACUGCAACAUCAUCUUCACUUAGAAAUGUCAGACCGACCUGUAGACUGCAUCGCUGAUGAUUGUGGCACCCUGCUACAACAGCGUCCUUGUUUAGUCUAAUCCAUGGUGCAAUGUGUGUUGUGUCGCUCAAGAUUGCAGUCCUUCUGCACUGUCAUCCUUGUUCAAAACUGUGCGUCAAUGAUACGGCAUUCUUGCAUUGCUAGAAGUUGGGAGUCUUACUGGAGUUAUAUUGCAGACUGAAGAAGGCAGGACUGCAUUACAGUAUUAUGCUACGAUAAGCAAUCAGCGGUGACCUUGGACAUUGCUGUGACCCGUUAGAAUUUGUCAUCAGCAGAGGAACAAGGAAAACCAACAGCAAAGCACCUUCAGGUCGCCAUCAUCAAAAGCGGAAGCAAAAAAUUGCUCGACAAGUCAACUUCACCAGCAGGGCUGAAUGUCGCUGUAAAGAGUUCUAGUUAUGGCAGUGGAUGAGUGCUGAGGAACGUUGCAGCAUGAAAGAAGCUUUUCGCUGAUGCUGCUCUAGGUACAGAAGCUAGUCUCUGUACUUCAACUGGCCAAUGGUAUUUUUGUUCUUUGUAGUUAAUGAUUUUUUUCUAUUUGAUCACACUUUUUGUUUUUGAACUCCGACAGAAUGUGUUUAGAUGGCAGUGAUAACGUUGGGGGUAGUGUGUCCAUGUCACCGAAAAGUUGUGGCAGAGAACUGUGGUGCAACUUUCACUAAUAUAAGGGAGAAGAAAGUUUCCAUCUUAAGGGUGGCUAAAAAAUCUGCUCAGAUAUGUGGACAAUGAUUUGCCAAGGAUUAAGAUCUAGGCAUGUUUAUAGGGCAUUUGGGAGAAAAUGUUAAUUGUUUUUCCCACUGCAAAAAUAAAACAUGUAUCGCCGAACGCUCGGUCGCCAUCCAAAUGGUGUGCUAGGGGUUGGGAUGAAACGGAUGCCAAAGUUUUAGAGCUUGGUGCUAUCCAGAUAAAAAGUUUUAUGAAAUUUCUGGGAGUAUUCAAUGAGAAAAGGGUGCCUGUUCCUGGUAGCUUACGCUAUUUGUCUCCAUGUAUUUGGGGAACUGUUGGCCGCCAUUUUCUCACUAAAUGUUUUCGAGCAUCUCUUAUAUCUUUCGAUUCAGGUGCUGCUAAGUAACCUUGACAUCCACUACCCAGAGACUGAGUGGUCUGCAAUUUGUGCUUUAUUCUUGCAGUUGGAGAAACAUGCAUUAUAUUUCUCUCAAACGUCCUGCGUUUUGCUUAGUAAGAGCUUUCAAGCUCAAGUCUCAUUUAUGGUGCUAAGCAACUUCAUCUAGUGGUAUUCGGUGGUGCCAAAAAAUGUUGCUGAGCCACGAAGAACGGCAAAUACCCAGAGCCGAGGACGUUGUAGCAUAUCACAUAUCUAAUACUGUCCGUCGAUCCUACAUGUAAACAUUCCUAGCAUGCGGACAAAUCUUCCAUUUUUCCUGCAUGCGCACACACAGAGAGAUCACUUUUAUCCCUGGGUGCAGCGGUGUUCAAUUUUUCCUCUGCGUGAGGCUUUUCAUCCCACUUAGAAAUAAAACAACCAGUUCCUGCAUGUACGGCAUCAAAUAA